AUGGCUGCGAAUAUUCCAAAAUUUGCGAGCUUCCGGCCAAAGCCUAAGCCUGUCCCAGAACCAUCUCAGGAACCCCAGCAACAUGGCAAAGCCGAGCGACCAUCAAAAGAGACGGAUCGAGAUGUGAAGAGGUCGCAGUCGCCAAGUAAACGAAGCCGGGAAAAGGAUGUGUCUACGAGCAAGCCUUACUUCAGCGACCGACGUGGUGACGCCGACGUGCUGCGCUAUGGCACUCUGAACCGUUACGACAUUCCACCUUACCAUCGCUAUGGCCACGGAUUUGUCUUGGGUCUUCCACUUGGUCUGAAAAUCGACCGGGAAUCAUCUACCUAUAAGAAGAUUUACCUGAAACCAGCCACGCACAGAAGUCAACAGCGCUUGCUUACAGACAAGCACGCAAACCGGUCAGGUGAACGUAUGCUGCGUCUAGUAAAAGCCAGUGGUAGUGCGCCCGACUUUGACCAAGACUUUGUGUUCCUGUCUGCAAACGGCAAAAGGAAGCGCCAAGACAGUGACGAGGACGACGAACCAACACUGGAAGCCGACUACCGGGGAGUAGAAGGACCCAAGUCUGCGGAGCCAGCAGAUCCAGACACACAGUAUGAGUCUGAUGCCGAAGUUACGAUUGAUGCCGAAGUCACCCGCGAAAAUUCCAAACUUGCGCACUACACCAAAGAGCAUCCUGAAGAUGUCUCAGGCUGGUUGGCGCUGAUCGCACACCAGGAGGCAAUGGUGAAGCUCGAGCGGCCAUCUGUGGAACUGACUGCCUCUGAUAGAGCACAUCUUGCCGACGUACGCAUCGCUACGUACGGAGAAGCCUUGAAGAAGAUUGGCAACGACAGUGAGAGCCAGCUCAAGCUUUACAAAGGGCUCAUGAAAGAAGCUGAGAGAGCAUGGGACAGCGCCAAGGUAGCGAGUAAAUGGAAGGACGUCCUUGCAAAACACCCCGAUAGUAUCGAUCUAUGGAUGAUGUAUCUUGACUUUGUGCAGUCGAGGUUCACAAGCUUCAAGUAUGAGGAGUGCAAGGCUGUGUUCUUCAAAUGCAUUGAAAGCCUGUGUAUGAACACAAAAGAUGUGCUGCCUGCGGCUUUGCUGCACAUUCUGAUACGUCUCACAUCAAUGACGCAUGAAGCUGGGUACCAAGAGCUAUCGAUAGCAAUUUGGCAGACCUUGCUUGAACGCAGCAUCCUGUGCCCCGAGGGAGAUGCCACCAUGGAAGCAUUCGAGGCUUUCUGGGAUAGCGAGGUACCACGAAUUGGCGAGCCACAAGCAAAGGGGUGGAAACACCACAGUUCUGAGGACGAGCCUGCAUCGGUAGAGCUUGAUCCUUUAACAGAGAAGAACUCAUCAGACUCAUUCUUUGAAGAUUUUCAGAAACGCGAAACGGAGGCCAUGCGGAGACUUGUGCUACCCGGCCGUGCGUCCGACGAAGUCGCUGGAGACGACGCAUUCCAUACCAUCUUUUUCGAUGAUAUAUCACCAUACCUGAAGCUAAUCCCAGAUCAAAUUCCAACAAGAAUGCUCGUAGAAGCCUUCCUAUGCUUUUGCGAGCUACCGCCUUUGUCAAAAUUUGCUGCAUACCAGCGCGACUGGUGGUCUGAUCCUUUCCUGCAGCGGCACUGGUCACUUUCAAAUCCUAGUAGAGAUAAAUCUUCCAAAUUUACGCAGAUGCUCAAACGCUUCUCGGAUUGCUCAUCGAAAAGCUUCCAGAUGACGACCGAGCUGCUAUUCGAGCAAGAGUUUGCUGUGGACGGUAUCGGCCUGGAAGUAGACUUCAUCAGACGCUUCCUCAAAACCCUAGUCUCAGAUCCGUCAAGCGAUGAGGCCUUUGGCGAGUAUCUUCUUGCGUUUGAACUUCGACACUAUCCUCGCGAGGCUUUCAAGACUGCAAAGCGCCUGCUGAAAGCCCGGUCUUCCAGCUUGCGCCUGUACAACGCGUAUGGAUUGGUUGAAGCUCGGCUUGGAAACUCGGACAAGGCAGACCAGGUCUUUCGUACUGUCCUCGUCAUGCAAGCUAGUAAUUCAACAAGCCCGAAUCCGAAGAUCCUGGAGUUGCUCGAUAGCUGGGUCUGGGAAGCGCUUCGCAGGGGAGAGAGAAAGCAUGCACUAUGGCGCCUUGUCUCGCCACAUGGUAGCCUCCCAGCAGACUAUACACAGCGCCAACCCGAUGAUACUCUCAUAGCCAGUACCAGAACAAGACUUGACGAAAUCAGCGAGCGUGCACUACUUGACCAAGAACAUGCAACGGCCAUUCUGAGUACCUCGCUCUCUGCUUUGCUAGUCUACCUGACAUACGACUGCAAAGCUGAACGUGCUCUCGAAAUCCACUCUCAUUUAUCUAUAUGGUUUACAGCACAUAAAGCCGCCAACUCACCGUCGGCGGAGCUGCACGCACAGUCAAUGGCACGUCUCCUAACUUACCACGUCACCCACGCACCAAUCGUCAAGCCCGCUCUCAUUCGAACAACGCUGGAGCCACUAAUCUCCAGCUUUCCGGACAACACGAUGUUACUUUCUCUAUACGCAGCAAACGAAGCACGCUUCUCGAUCGAUGAUCGCGUCCGAGGUCUCAUGCACAAGAAUGCUCUCCAAAGCACAGAAGAGCGCAGCGUCGCUGGCUGGGCCUUUGCAAUCCACUACGAAACCCUGAAAGGCUCGAUUGCAGGCUCGACGUCGCAUUCCAUCCGAGCGUUAUACAAACGCGCAACCGAGUACAGCGGCGCGCAUUGCCCCGCUCUAUGGAAAACCUACACACAGUUUGAGCUAGCACAGCUAGUACUGGAAGAAACAAAACGGCCGAGCAAGAAGCCCCGGCGAGACGGCAAGAAAAGUAAAGCGGAAAUUCGCGUGGACGAGGCGAAACAAAGAGUCAAGGACACAUUUUACGCCGGACUGCGCAAUUUGCCUUGGUGUAAGGAGUAUAUUAUGCUUGCUUUUACAGAUGCAAAGCACGUGUUUAGUGACGAGGAGAAAUGGAGGUUAUCCCGGGUCAUGCUGGAGAAAGAACAUAGGUUAUACGUGGAGCUAGACGAUGAAGAGGCAUGGGACAUGGCCGGUGCAAAGGGAUGGAUCAGUGAGCAUUCAUUAUCACGGUGA